CUGAAUUGCAAUGAUACAAGAAUGAAGUUUAAAACUAAAAGAAUAGAAGUCUUAAUUAGAUGUUGUAUUCAAAAUCUUGGUUAAGUACUGUAAUCCCCUGCUAGCCGUAGGGGAUAGGGAUCAAGCCCGACUGGGAAUAGUGGAAAAAUCCAAAUAAGUGACAAGCUCCCCCCCAAAAAAGUUUGAAUAAUUAACCUAUAUUAAUAGUUUAGUUGAAACUAAACUACAAACUAUAUUACUUUGUCUUUAUUUUCCUGAACAACGAAGGAAACUGGUCAAUGAUCUUUGCAGUUCAUCUUCAUAAACUAAAUUGUCAGUAUUUUUCCGUUGAUCUUCUCUCAGGCAAGUGUCACUCGAAACCAUCCGCUUUCCCUCUCUGAUGCUUCCGGCUACUGUGAUAUUACCCUUCUUCUUGUUUCUUUAAAGGCACUUUUGAUAUACGACCAGUCUUGCGCACUCGCACCUUUAAGCCAGAGCGUCAACGUGAUUGAUACCAAACUAUGAGUGUUUGCUAGAGGUGGCUCAAAACAAGGAAGCAGACUUAAAGCACCAAUGUUGAUCCGUACAAAAAUCUGCGAUUUGCUAUCAACAAGAACAAAUCAAUUUGCUGAUUGGAAUGAAGGAAGAUCAGAUGGGUUGAUUGGAAAUUGAUAAAGAAUAAGAAGUUUUGUGUCAAAUGUAUUUCACUAGUUUUAAUGACAUCCCAGAAUUGAUUUGGGUAGUUCCAUCGGCACAUGGAGAGGUCAAGAGAGACAUUCUUCCCGGGUGGAAGUGAUGGCCGCUUCAGUCUGCUUAAGCGAGACCUCCAUGGCUGCUCACAGCGGGAACAUGAGAGGUGUGGUUUAGUGUUAGUCAGCAGCACACAUCAGGUAUGCACGCCUCACUAUAAAAGCCGGCAAACUGAGAGGAGAGCAGCAAGUCAGGGCACCAGCGCCACCGUCAGCAUCAUCAACCAUCCAGUGUGCUCCGGAAGACUUUUUAAAAAAAAUCCAUCCACCAUGCUGAGACCGUGCAUGAUGCUCGCCGCAGUCCUCUUGUGCUUGUUGGUGUUUUGGAGCAGCCUCGCCGACGCUUACCCGCCCCAACCCGAGAGUCCCGGCAACAACGCCUCCCCGGAGGACUGGGCCAAGUACCACACUGCUGUCAGGCAUUAUGUCAACCUCAUCACCAGACAGAGAUAUGGGAAGAGGUCAUCCCCUGAGCAGGCGAUGGCAUGGCUGCUGUUUGGUGCCGAUCCAAGUGAAGACGCUGAUCCACGUUUGGACUAUAACAGCGGGUGGUAAUCGACUCGAAGGGUGGCUCCUUCUCCUAAAAACCCCCCCAAAAAUCCAACAACAAUCAAAAACGCUGGGAUUUCCUGGAGGGACAACCUGCAUCUAAACAAUCUGUUUCAAUUUCUCAAUAUGCGUGCAUGUUUCUCGCUUUGUUUGUCUGCAAUGCAAAUCUUUGUAUAACCUCUUUGUCUUCUGGCCAACGAUGUAAAUAAUUUGUAUGAGGGGGGAAAAAACUUACUUUACAAUAAAGGAAAUAAUGGCAUAAAAGUACUGACUCAAUGCAGUUUUAUUUAGGGGUUGGCAAACCCCGUUCUUUAAUCAGGCUCCCCCCUCUCCUCCCCUGAGAAUUUAG